UUCACAUGAUGAAAUAUCUAUAACACAUCUGUCAAGUGAAUCGAUUAAGUUCUAUGCACUACAAAAAUGAAAACAAAGACAACGCAAGAAACAUCAAAUCUACAUAGCAUUUCUUUAAAACUUAUCAUCGCUCUAUAAUGUAGCAUUUCUUUAAAACUUAUCAUCGCUCUAUAAUGCACAGGGUAAAUAUAAGAAAUAUGAACUACAUUACACCAUAAUUGGUAAAAUCCUCCAUCCCCUAUAAUACACUAUACACAUAACAGACCAAACAACUGCAAUGAACCAUCAAUCACACACUGACAACAAAAACAAUACCCAAUGCAAUGAAAACCCACAUUAAAAUGAGCAUAUCAAUCCCAAAAAGAUAAUGAUAUGUAUUAUUGUAUUAACUUGAAAAAAAACAGAAGCAGCAUGAUUCACCGGUGUACCAGGGCAAAUUUAAAGGGGAGAAGGAGGAAAACAUCGUAUUGGAGAAAUGGAGAAAGGCGGCGACGGUGGAGCAGCUCCUACAGGGUGCUACAAGUGCGGCCGCCCCGGCCACUGGUCCAGGGAUUGCCCUUCCAAUCCCAGUAAUGGCAGUAACCCUAACAAUUCCACUUCUACUCCUCAUAAUACAUAUACGUCUACUCGCAAAUCGGCGCCGUACACUUCCAACUCAAGCGCCGGCGGCAGUUCUUCAAAACUGAAGAUGGGCACGAGGACGCGGCCCAAACUGACUGCUGAUUCCCUUCUUUCCGACGACGGACUCGGCCACAUCCUCCGCCACUUUCCUCGUGCUUUCAAGUACCAUGGCCGUGGGCACGAGGUCACUGAUUUGAGAAACCUACUUGGCUUGUAUGCUGAUUGGCAUUCACGCUUACUUCCCUACUACUCCUUUGAUCAGUUUGUACAUAAGGUUGAGAAAGUUGGUUCCUCAAAGCGUGUCAAGUUAUGUUUGAGAGAUUUGCGAGAAAGGGUUGCCAAUGGAGUUGAUCCAGCCAAGCUCCAUGAGCCAGAAGUUCAAGAACAGAUCUCAAAUAAGGAACAAGAGAAUAGGAGCUUAGAGGAACCAAAUUCUCUCCAGAAAGAUGGUGUUACGAACCUUGAUGGAGAUGUCUUUGAACAAGAAAUGAUUCAUCAGGCCUGGGAGAAUGCAAUGAAAGAACCAACUCAUCAGCCACAGGGUAAGAGUGAUGAAAGUGGAAGCAAAGAGCCAACAAGCAGUAAUGUGGCAAGUGAUGCAAAGGUAAUUGAAAUCUCAGAAGAGCAAAGAGUUCGUAUGGAGGCAAACAAGCUGAAGGCAUUACAAAAAGCUGCUAUUGCUCGUGCUGCACGAUCUGCCCAACCUGAUGCCCUCUAGACUUAUUAGUUAUUAUUUUUAUUUUUGUUUUGUGCAAAGCAUAAUAUCUUUUGUUAUGUUUAAUUUUCAAUAUGAUUAAUGUUUCUAUUAUAUAUUUAUUCAGUUUCUCUGUUUUGGAUUAGUAUUCACAUGCAUUAUCCAAUUGAAAUAUAAGUUUGUUUCUUAA